UGUUGGGGUAGUAGACGGAGAGAAGCAAGGGCGAUGGAAGGUGGAGCGCGGGAGAGGCUUCUCGGCGACGAGGAGGAGGUCGAGGAGGGGCUGGGGCGGAGGCUGUGGAAGGAGAACAAGAAGCUGUGGGUGGUGGCGGGGCCGUCCAUCUUCACCCGCUUCUCCACCUUCGGCGUCACGGUCAUCAGCCAGGCGUUCGUCGGCCACAUCGGCUCCUCCGAGCUCGCCGCCUACGCCGUCGUCUCCACCGUCCUCAUGCGCUUCGCCAACGGCAUCCUCCUUGGAAUGGCGAGUGCAUUGGAGACCCUCUGCGGGCAGUCUUACGGCGCAAAACAGUACCACAUGCUGGGCAUUUAUCUGCAAAGAUCUUGGAUCGUCUUGUGCUCAUGUGCCUUCUUGUUGACGCCCGUCUUCAUUUUUACGACUCCGCUACUAAAGCUUAUUGGCCAAGAGGAUUCCAUCGCAGAGAUGGCUGGCACCGUGGCACAUUGGUUCAUUCCUGUCUUCUUCUCCUUUGUAUGGGGAUUCACACUUCAGAUGUAUCUCCAGGCGCAAAGCAAGAACGUCAUCAUCACAUAUUUGGCAGUCGCAACGCUCACUCUGCAUAUCUUCCUCUCAUGGUUUAUGGUUACGAAGCUUAACUUGGGACUUGCCGGCGUAAUGGGCUCGAUGAUCCUUGCAAUGUGGAUUCCUGUACUGGGUCAGCUUGCAUUUGUGUUUUUUGGAGGCUGCCCCGAAACUUGGACAGGUUUCUCUUUCAGUGCAUUCUUGGACCUUUGGGCGAUUGUUAAGCUCUCUCUAUCCUCCGGCGUCAUGCUUUGCUUGGAACUCUGGUACAACACCAUCUUGGUCCUCCUCACAGGUUAUAUGAAGAAUGCUGAGGUUGCCAUAGAUGCUCUUUCCAUCUGCCUCAACAUUAAUGGAUGGGAGAUGAUGAUAUCUGUUGGUUUCUUGUCAGCAGCAGGAGUUCGAGUGGCAAAUGAACUGGGCGCAGGGAGUGCCAAAGCGGCAAAGUUCGCUAUAGUCAAUGUGGUCAUCACAUCAUUUGUCAUUGGAUUUGUGUUCUUCCUGUUCUUUCUCAUUUUCCGAGGUAGACUUGCUUACAUAUUCACCGAUGAUGCUGAAGUAGCUGGAGCAGUCGCUGACCUUUCUCCGCUGCUGGCCUUCUCCAUUUUGCUGAACAGCAUUCAACCUGUAAUUUCAGGUGUUGCCAUUGGUGCGGGCUGGCAAGGCAUGGUGGCUUUUGUAAACAUAGGAUGCUACUACUUGAUCGGCUUACCUUUGGGAGUUGUGCUUGGUUAUGCCUUUGAUAUGCAUGUCAAGGGGAUUUGGAUUGGAAUGUUGAUUGGAACAUGCAUCCAAACUAUAGUGCUUAUCUACAUUACUUGGAGGACUAACUGGGAUCAGCAGGUGCUAAUUGCUAAAGAUCGCCUCAGCAAAUGGUACAUGGACAAAUCGAGGAAUUCGAACGAUGCUCGCGGAUCUGCAUGAUUCUGUUUUCUUUUAUUGCGUUCAUGAGGAACAAGGAGGAGAAGAAUUUGAGAUUUCUUUUGGUGGCAUGUUUGAUCAUCACAAUGCAAGUCUUCAUCCACCGGAACUCGAGCAAAUAAUGCUUGUUAUGCUAUUGAUGCAAAAAAUUGAUCUCCUAGAACAUUUUCACUGUAGAAAAGGAAUUAAGCAUUAAAAUCAUCAUUCAAAAUUUUAA